AUGAAGGUAUGUUUUGUAGGUCUCUUAUAUAUGUGUGCUUUAAUAUUACUACACAAUUUAAUUAUUUAAUAAAAAGAGAAUUACUCUUAAUUAUUUUGAUAUAGCAAACUGUUGGGAAGCCUUUGAAGUAUAUGUUCGAUGUGGAACGGAUUUUGGCGGCUAGGACAAAUGUAGACAGGGAUCCAAGCGAGGCCUGGAGAGAAGUCAAUGGUUUUUGGGGAAAAGUUGUUCGUGAACUUGGAAUGAAGAACAAGCGCCUUGUUCGGAAGAACUAUUAUCAGCAAUGGUUUCAAGACAGAAAAGGUUUGAGAAGUCAAUAUACGAACACUAUGUAUAUGAUGGAACGGAAUGCAACGCCUGAAGUGUUGGCCAUGGACAUAAGUAAUCUUUUUAAGCCUAAGGCUAAGGAAGGCUAA